CUCUCUCUGUGCUUCCUUCUCCAGCGUCCGAUUUAUACAUUUUCUCUUAAAAACAAUUCCACCAAUCCAAUCUCUUCUCUCUCCCAACGCGCGCCAAAUACAAAUUCUGCUGUUGUCUGUUUCCCUCUUUUCUUUCAGUGAUUCAGGAUCUCGCUCACAUGGCGGAGGCUCCGACGAGUCCAGCCGGCGGCAGCCACGAGAGCGGCGGCGAGCAGAGCCCCAAUACCGGUGGGGUUCGGGAGCAGGACCGAUACCUCCCGAUCGCUAACAUUAGCCGGAUCAUGAAGAAGGCCUUGCCCGCUAAUGGCAAGAUCGCCAAGGACGCCAAGGACACCGUCCAGGAAUGCGUCUCCGAAUUCAUCAGCUUCAUCACUAGCGAGGCGAGCGAUAAGUGCCAGAAGGAGAAGAGAAAGACCAUUAAUGGGGAUGAUUUGCUGUGGGCAAUGGCGACAUUGGGUUUCGAGGACUAUAUUGAUCCGCUUAAGUCGUAUCUAACUAGGUACAGAGAGUUGGAGUGUGAUGCUAAGGGAUCUUCUAGGGGUGGUGAUGAGUCUGCUAAAAGAGAUGCAGUUGGGGCCUUGCCUGGCCAAAAUUCCCAGCAGUACAUGCAGCCGGGAGCAAUGACCUACAUUAACACCCAAGGACAGCAUUUGAUCAUUCCUUCAAUGCAGAAUAAUGAAUAGGAGACUCCUGCAUUCCCUCUUGGAUUGUCUGAAAUCUGAGGCUGGUAGAAGCGUUCAACACCUAUAUAGCAUCUUUACAAUCGAUUUGGCUAAUUUAUUAUGAAAUGAUGAUAUUAUAUAUAUUUCUGGGGUUUCUGUGUUGGUUCUGGAUUUGAUUUUGGUUUGGGCUUUUAAGGUGGGCUUCGAUUUUAUUGAUGCUCUCGUCAUCUAAAGUUAUUGUAAAUUUGGGACCUUCAAUUUAGUAUAGUUGCUUUGGUAAUUUGGAAACUGGAAAUAUUAUUCUCUUUCCCACUUCUGUUUCUUUUGAUGACACUGGUUUUGAAUGAUUAAGAAAGUGAUACACCUUUUUCUCA